AACGCUGAUGAUCUUUGUCCCAAAUGCCGCAAUUUCUAUUGUGUCACAUAUUGCUAUACUUAUGAUUUAGUCUAUUUUUAUGUUUCCGACAUGUAUUCUACACCCAAACACACGUCUCGCGAUGGCUACACUCAAGUGAUUCAAAACCGCUUUGCGAAUCGACUCCUCCGAAUCGUUCUAAAGAACCGGCUAACACGAGAACAUCAUCUGCCUUCUUUUUUUGGUUCAUUAACCUCAACUUCUUCACAGCGCGGCGCGUCGGUCGCUUCUCACGGGAUGCUUUAGGUAGAUUUUAGACACAGUAUCAUAGACAUGCGUUUGUGAAUAUAUCACAUGCUGGAUGAUAUACUGUAUAUACGCAGGUUCAUUUGAGUGUAGUAUUCAUUUGGGGAUUUUUAUUUCUACUUGUUUUCUAUAUCCGACCCACACAUGGACAUACCGCGGGAUCAUGUCUGCUGUAAACCUCUAGACAUGAGAUGAAACCCAGAGGAGAUGUUAUGUAUACUAAAUAACGAAAAGGAGAGGACGCGCUAUUUUGGCACAUGAAUUGGACACCCAUCACAUGCGCGGAAUAUAAACAGGCGAAUCGACACUGGUUAUGCUUUUUAUCAACCUUUCAUUUCAGGGUUGCACAGAAUGGUUAAAUUGUAAGCCAUCAGUUUACAUUGAGAAUAUAGGAACUGUUAAGCAGGCAUGCUGAUUGAUAUAGCGUAUUGUGCAAUGGAUUUUGUAACCACACUGUAAGGGAAGUGUUGUAGUGAAUAUUAUAUACAGAGAAGGUUUCUUGUUAUGGGCUGUUUAAGCAGAUGAUGGUGGUACUCUAAAGCUACACCCCAAUGGCUGACAUUGGCAUAUAUGCAGUAUAGGAUAUAAAAUAAUCUCUUUUCUCUUGGCAUUAGGGUUAAUGUUGGAAUCUGUAUUGUUUGGUAUAAUUUGUUAAUUAGCAUUAGUCGUUUAUAAGUCUUAAUUUAGAAGACAAGAAAAGACCGGAUACUUCAGAGACCAUAAUCAGCUUAAGGUUUACAGCAGCUGUAGCUGGUGGCACUUUUGCAUUGUGCAUUGCAUUGUUAUUAUAGUAGUUUUUCUAAUAUAAUGGACCCCAAUCACAUGGAUGAUGGUUCCUCCAGCGAUGGCAUGGAGAUGGAGAGCAUGCCUGGCUACGUGGAGCUCAUCACUAGAGCAUGUUCAGUCAUGUUCAGUGCCUUUAGAGACUGUGAAGACUGCGGGCUGGAGCUGUCCAGAAGAACCUUGCUGGAUCAUGCAUACAUAACCUGGAUGGAGAUCUUCAUGUUCAUCAUGUGUGCGGUCAUGUGGACGAAGGUGCGCAGGGGACUGACCGUGUACAUCUUUGAGCCUUUUGCACAAUGGUGUUGUAUCCAACCAAAGGAUGUCUCAAAGAUGCCGGAGAGUGCUUGGAAGCUGGUCUUCUACACAAUGUCAUGGUCAUACAGCACCUACCUUUUGUUUUUCACUAACUACUCCUUCUUUCAAAACCCCCCAUCUGUGUUUUACGACUGGAAGAGUGGGAUGUCAGUUCCCACUGAUAUCACAAUAGCUUACCUAAUCCAGGGCAGCUUCUACGGCCAUUCCAUAUAUGCCACCAUUUACAUGGACGCCUGGAGGAAGGACUCCCUCGUCAUGGUGGUGCAUCACUUUAUCACUCUGGCCCUGAUCACAUUCUCCUAUGCCUUCAGAUACCACAACAUUGGCAUUCUCGUCCUCUUUCUUCAUGACAUCAAUGACAUUCAGUUGGAAUUCACCAAGAUCAACGUUUACUUCAAGACCCGGGGAGGGAAAGAGUACCUCAUCAAUGAUGUUCUGUCCAACAUGGGGGCUAUUAGUUUUAGCAUCACAUGGUUUUGGUUCCGUUUGUACUGGUUCCCUCUCAAAGUUCUGUGGGCCUCCUGUGUCACCAGUAUCCAGUCGGUUCCCCACAUCCCUUUCUACUUUUUCUUCAACAUACUCCUGUUUGCCCUGCUUCUCAUGAACAUCUACUGGUUCCUGUUCAUUGUGCUGUUUGUGGUGAAGGCCCUGACGGGCCAGAUGACGGAGGUAAAUGAUGUCCGGGAGUACGAGGAUGAGGACCUAAAAGAGAAAAAAGACACUAAUGAUCAGAUGUCUACUGAAGGGAAACACGUGCAGAACGGCAUCACCAAGAAGAAACAUCUAUAAUGUCUAGGUGCUGCCACCUGCAGGCACUUAAUGAUGACUGCAAGGUACUUAUGCGAACUAGUUUGAUUCUAACCUCAGAAUGCCAAGGUGCUUGGACAGUCAUGAGAAGAAAUAAUAUUGACCAUUUGCAUUUUACCUUGAUUAUUAUAAUUGUAACUGAUAUUAUAAUUGUAAUCAUAGCACUGUGAAUGUUAUUUGUUAUCUGUCUUGUGUAAUGUAUUUUAAUUUUUUUUUUAAGUUAAAUGAGUGACCUCUCACUAAUUGUUAAUCGGGAACUUACGGCGGGAGUGAUAUCUCUGCCGGUGAGAAACAAACCCAUGCAUUUUAGAGAAUGCCGGAAACCAUGAUAAACAGGUUUUGUGGUCAUCAUUUGGGACCACAGUUUGUUUUCGAUUUAGACCACUGUUUUUUGCUGUUCUGAUGUAUUUUUCAUUCCACGAGUGAAAGAAUUGAAGAGUUAAUACGUAACUUGUGGUAUGUGAGUACUAGUGGAGUGGUUCUCAAAUAGUGGGUCGAAGGUCUGAUCUGAAAAGCAAAGGAAAUGGAAACGUUAGAAGUGUAUAAUGUUAAAUGCAAAUGAUAAAUGCCCUAAAAUAGUUAAGGCAGUAUAUGUAACAAAUUCUUACCAUAUCUUUUGGUGUUGGCAUCAAAGGGCAGGUUGUGCAUCAAAUCACACUCAAUGAUAUUUCGGCAGAAAUUCAUUAAAAUGUAUAUUAUUAGUAACUAGUCAAAUUGGGACAUAUGCCAGUCUCUUGAAAACCAUGAAGAAAAUCUUGCAUGGUAAAAACUUAAAAACAACCAUUCAGAAUACAGGUAUACAAGAAUAAACAGUUUGUGCAGAAGUCAUGUUAGAUAUUCUGCAUGUUGCAUAUUUAAAUGUUGCAAUUUUAUUUUUCUGACCUUACUGGCUUUGAUAUUUUAUCUUGUUUAAAGUAAAAACUUUUUAAAGAAAAAAAAUACAGUUUUCAGAAAACAAGACUUCUUAUUUUGUCAUUUAAUGUACCAUCAUUUAAUAAAGUUUUUAGACAUGUACUGGAAAACAAGAAAAAAAUAUCCACCACUUUCGCAGUGCGGCCUUGUAAUAUUAAUACAUUUCAAGUUUAAAUAAUUUACAAAAACAAUAUAAAAUCAAUAUCCUAAAGAAAAACCAGUUGAGAGCCACUGUACUAGUUAAAGUUGUCUACUAACACCCUACGCAGGGUUACAACCACAAAUUAGCCUGACUCGCAUCAACCAAAAUCGCAUUUGUACAGUAUUACCAUUUUUGAAUGUACAAGGGAAUCACUUUCAAUGUUUGGAUUACCAAAUACUGCUUGCAUUCCCCUCAUAGAUUUUUCUUCUUCUUCCCCUGCUAGCAACCGUUGCAGUAAUGGCGCAAUCUAAGCUAGCUUCUGAUUGGCUAAACACUUUACACUCAGACGCUAUAUCGUGUUUGUUUUGCAUAAAUAUGGAUCUAAAACUUAGCAGUAGGUGAUCGUGGAUGCUUAUUCAGUCCGACAUUUUUGCUGUACUCAAAUUAAAGUAUUUAUGCAGAUGUUGUAUUCAGGAACGCAUGAUAUCUGAGAAUAUGCUUUAUGAAGAAAUCUUACGACAAAAGACGAAAUGGAACCGAUAUCAUCUGUCGUGACAUAUUGAUAACUCCAAAACUAACACAAUACUUGAAUAGAUUAUUUGCCUACUGUAUCAAAAGUUCAUAAUCUUCACGCACAAACACACGUCGCUGUAGUCAUGUCUUCCGCUCGUGUUGCUAUUUUUGGAUGCUUUGUUUUUGCGCGAAAUAUUCCUUAACGCAAUUCGUUUUUUUCGAUGUACACGUCCAUUAUUUAUACAGCAGCCGUGUACUAUGGUACUCUCGAACGAGUUUAGUCAGUUUCUGGUCUGUAGUCAUAUUUUUACCCGUCACUGUCAAAUCACUGGACAAAAACAUUGCCGUUAAAUACAGCUGUGGCUAGAUGGUAACCCUCAUUCUGUGAAACUUUUCCAGCGUUUGCCUGGAGUCAAAAUUCAGGUUACCAAAUAGCAAUACACUCCAUGAAAAAUCAUUGUUUUUUAUUCAUAGUGGAAAUCAUUUGAUCACAUUGAGGAUAUAAUCAAAAUGUGUUAAUUUUCUAGAAAAGUGCCAAAAACAAAUAUCAAACCCCCGGUAAAUGUAAAGUUUGAGGUGUUUUCGCCUGGGGUGUUUUGCUGUAUCUGGGUUAUAAAAUGUUAUUUAAUUGAAAUUGCACUAAUUUCGCCUGUAUAAAAUAUAUUUUAAAAAUAGUUAACUAGGGGAUUUAUACAGAUUAAUUUAACAUUGAAAAAAAUGUAUUUAAACAUUUUUCUUGGAUCAUUUAUUGACUCUUUUCCUUGAUUUUGAUCUGACCAAUAGGAGUAACCCGGUAUUAUCUCAUUUGUAAUAGAACAAUUUUAAUAAUUCCAGUUGAAUUAGUGAAUUGCAACCAACUGUGUUGUCAUGCUUUUUGUUUUCCAUUUAAUAAAAACUGUUCAAAGAAAA